AUGGAAGACUUCCGGUGGUAUAAUGAUGCCACUGGAAUGACUGCUCGAUCUCAGGACAAAGAUGGCGAAACGGAUCCUGGCUAUCUCUUGCCGGGUGCCAACCCAAGACAGACACAGUACAACAUCGGAAUCAAUGCCCCGGGAGUCGUAUCACCAUACUCGAUGACACUUGGUUACAGUACGAUUCCUACCCAGCCUGGAUUUCUGGCCACGCCUGCAACAGCUCUUAGUCCGGGUUUGAGCAUCCCCCAACCCUAUAAUCAACAAGAAGGCUUCCCCGUCUUCCCAUACAACGGCAGCACGUCCCUUAUACAGCUACCUGCGCUCCAUAUGAACCCACCCAAUCCAGUAAUGUUCCAACAGAACGGGAUGGCCAUUAGCAUGCCACCGUACCCUAUUGACGCCGAUAUAGUGAUGGCUGAUGCCGGGAUCAUGUCUGAAGGUCCUUCGACCCCAGUUAAUCAGCCCCCUGAGAGUAUUUACUGCCCUAUUAGAACAGCGAAAAGCCGGGGACACUCAAGGAAGAAGAUUUCCAAAGAGGGGGGGGCCAAGAGCCGGGACGAGAAGUGGGAACCAUGGCGAGAAACUAUAAAGUACCUCAAGCUUGAACAAGGUCACACAUUCCCUGAGGUAGCAUUUGAAAUGUCGAGCAUACACGGUUUCAAAUUUGCAGUCUCGACAUAUCAAAAACUUGGCGACAGAUGGGAAGAAUUCAAGUUGGAGAAAGCUAAAGACAAGUCUUCACGUCAUGGAAGGCCUGGGAAGUCUGCUAGAACAGCAAUAGGAAUUCUCGACAUAUUCAGGUGUAAGGUAGAUGGACAGUGCUACCUAUCCGACAACCGGCUCCUUCAGGUACCUUCAGUAUCCUCCGAACCGUACAUCUACCAGUAUAAAAUUCUCCACGCCAUUGACAGCCUUGUAAAGACACUCUUUGACCAGAAGGGAAGAUACAAGUGGGGCGCCAGCAGGAUUACACUUACCCUAUCAAACCAGUCUUUAGAAGAUACAGCUACCAAGAGCUUGGCCACGUGGCAAAGCUUGUACGACAAAUGCCGGGGAAUUGAAGCCCUCCAUGAAGGACACGUGAUGAAAGGAACAUUGAGCAGACUCAAAGUCCUGUUUGACCGCGUUCUUUCUCAGGUCAAGGUAACUGAAUUCUUUUGUGACCCUCACAUGUUACUCCAUAUUUGGAAGGUCUGUGAUACUCUCAUGAGUGUCGUUCUGGACGGGGAAACAUGGGUGGAAAAGUACAUCCUCGUCGGCGUCUUCCUUCAAUCACUGCGAUUUCGCCUACGUGACUUGGGUUACAAGGCCUCUGACCACCUGAUGGUGCUCGUCGAUUCUCUGUUCUCUAUUCUCAACUCAACACCGCUCGACCUGAAGAAGAGCUUAGGCCUUGGAUGCUGGAAGUUCAUGGAAAUCCUUGGCUCACAAGUUGGAAAUGAUCAUUUCGUCGUCCUAAAUCUCGGCAUGUAUUGCAACCGGAUCUGGCCAAAUAUCUGGGGGCUCGUGGAUGUAGAAGAGUUGCAGACACGAUACAAGCAUUACCUGCCCCUAACAAACGGUGGUUACAGGCCUCCAAUCCCAGCUACUGUUUCCGAACAUCAAGGUGCAUCAAUGAGUGAUGAGCAACUGGAAAGGAUUGAGAUGCUGCAUAUGAGUGGUGUUGCUUUGAGUGACGUUCUGUCCACUCUCAAGGCCAACAGAAGCGACGAUCGGACUCGAGUGUCUCAAAUUACUUUCCUAUUGAAUCUCAUCGAUCGUGUCUGUCUGGAACUGGUAAAUUUGGCACAAGGUCGCUGCAGACAAGAAGCAAUCCAGGGGAAGCUGAAGUACACCACAAUGACCCGAGCUCUUGCUUUUGCUUUGGAACAGCUCGCUUACGACCUUCAUGAAAAGGCAACAACCGAGGAGCUAGACGUUCGAAAGCGAAAGAAGAUCAGGAAGCAAAGAAACGCAGCCAGGAAAAGGGCCAGGUUGGGGCAGUUGAGAGAAAGCGAUGCUGGGGCAGCUGUCAGAUUCUCCACCAACUCAGAUGACAUAGCAAACAUAUACCGCUUCAUGGACGAGGCAAUCGAGAUCCUGCGAAAAGGAGACAAGGAUUGCAAACUGAGAGCAGCUCAACUAUCCAGGCAACUGAUGAGCUGGAUGAAGACAUAUAGCCAGGGUGAAAUUCAAGCGAAUAGGAGAGGAAGGUCGAAAGGCCAGUACUAUAAGAAUGAGAGAGACCGGGCUGGUGAAAUUCUGGCGUCUAUCUUCCCCGGAGAGAAACUUGAGUCAAGAAAGGAGGAGCGGGCACGAUUCCACAAGGAUGUCGUGAAGGACGCGAACAUGGAGGAAGCGAAGACGGUCCAGGUGGUCGCCAGACCCCGCCGUAACCGCAAAAAGAAGACAGAGAAGGUUCCAAUCCCUUUGCCUUUAGAAAAAAGGACGUGCGAACAAUGUGGGGAGGAGUUCGACAGCCGGAACAAACUCUUUGAAGAGCAUGUCAAUGUCGUGGGAGCUUGUUGCGAUAACCGGGAUCCUUUUAUGGGUUGGUCUUCUCCAAGAGAGUGA